GCGCCGCAAGAUGGCGGCUGCGGUGGCGGUCGGGGCUUCGCAGCUGACGCGGAGCCGCUGCCGGGGCUGCCUGCUCGGGGCCCUGCUGGGCGACUGCCUGGGCGGCGGCUUCGAAGGGCAGGACGCGGUCAGCGCGGCCGAGCUGCUGCGCUUCGUGCGCGCCCUGCAGUCGCCGCCCCCGCCCCGGGGAGGCCCAGCCGCGGGGCCGGGCGUGGAGGGCGGCCGCGCUUCGAGUGAGCAGCAGAACGGGACGGCCCGGGGCUCCAAAAUCCUCUGCUACAGCGAUGAUACAGCAAUGGCCCACUCUGUAGUUCGGUCACUACUGGCCAAGCAAGAUUUUGAUGAAGUGGAUAUGGCAAAGAGGUUUGCAGAAGAAUACAAGAAGAACCCUGACCGAAACUAUGGAGCCGGCGUGAUUACUGUAUUCAAGAAACUCCUUAGUCCUAAAAGCAGAGAUGUCUUUGAGCCCGCGAGACAGCAGUUUAAUGGGAAAGGUUCCUAUGGGAAUGGUGGUGCCAUGAGGAUUGCAGGCAUUUCGUUAUCUUAUUCGGAUGUCCAAGAUGUAAAGAAGUUUGCUAAACUGAGUGCUGAGCUGACUCACGCAAACUCCUUGGGCUAUAACGGAGCCAUCUUGCAAGCCUUAGCAGUCCAUUAUGCUCUCCGUGGGGAGUCAAAUCGGGACAAAUUUUUGGAGCAGCUGAUAGGCCACAUGGAAGAUGUGGAAGCUGAUGACAAGUCUGUGGCUGAUGCGCGAAUGCUGGGCUAUGAGGAUCGCCCCUUUGCCAGGCGUUUAAAGAAGAUCAAAGAGUUUUUGGAACAGGGUACUGUGUCCAGAUCAGAUGUGUUAAAAGAAUUAGGCAAUGGCAUUGCAGCUCUGCAUUCUGUCCCCACGGCAAUCUACUCAUUCCUGCGCUGCAUGGAAUCUCACCCAGAUAUCCCCGAGGACUACAACAGUCUGCAGCGGACCAUUAUCUACUGCAUCUUAUUGGGUGGGGACACGGACACGAUUGCAACCAUGGCAGGAGCCAUUGCAGGGGCGUUUUAUGGGGAAGAGCAGGUGCCCCAAAGCUGGAAGUACAGCUGUGAAGCCUUUGAGGAGACCGAGAAGCUGGCCGAUGGCUUGUAUGAACUCUACCGUCAGCAGACCUGAGCCAAGAAUGGGAAUUUGGCACCCAGCAAUCCCAUCUGUAGUUUUGCAUCAUGUUCCAGAGGAGGUGAAUCGUGUCCGCAGUAGGGCAGUCUGUCUUCCCCCAAAGAAUGUCUCGGCCGUAGUGAAUGGCUGCCUGCUAAAGGUUUCUGCUGAAGCUGAAGUCCCAAUUUUUGCUGCAUAGUCACUGCUGAGCUUUCCUUUUCUCUUUGCUGUUUUUUUUUCCUGAUUUUGAAAUUUUUGUAAUUACAUCUUGGUUAGAGUCUAAAUUCUCCCUUAGUUCAUUGUACUAGGGGCUCUCUGUACAGCAGAUGGGCUUCACGACAGUUUGCCAAGCAGGUCAAAAAGGAACUGAGAUGGGACCAUGUUUGGGCAUAGUCAAAGGACAAAUAUGUAAGGGUUACAGCUUGACCCACUAUUAGACUGGGAAUUCACCAGGCAGAGCUGCACAAACUGCUUUUCUGGAACGUGUGUCUUUAAUACCAGAAAUGUGAGCUGGCAUUAAUAAAUUUAGAACUUUUUGAAAAA